UUUAUUUUAUUUCAAUCUACAUCCUUUUAUAAUGGUUGAUAAUAAACUUUUGACAAAAUUAUCACAAAAUUUACUUGAGAUUUUAAACGAUGAAGAAUAUUAUGAUAUUACAAUUGAAGUUGGUAACGACCCUUACGUAAAAGUAUUUCGUGCUCAUAUGGUUAUUUUGAAUUAUCGUUCUCCUUAUUUAAGAAGAAUUUUAUCAACAAAUAAAAAGAAAAAUGACGGAACUUUGACAAACAUUAAAUUACCAAAUAUUUUACCU